AUGGCGAACGCCGCGGCUAACAAUCCCAAGGCACAUGCUAUUCUCCUCGGCAUUAUUGCCGCUCAUGGACUUGUCGACAAGUUCUCUAUCCACCUUGUCCACAAGCACUUUGAUCUCCCUGAAGGGCGAGUCAUGGUCUAUGAAACGGUACAAGGGAAAAGCCACGGGGAUUUUAUUCUCUGCAGCCCUCGGAUUCCACAGAAGACUCCCAACAUGCGUGGUCUCUACUUCAAGACAGCCCUCGAUGGGACCAUGUUUGCCUACGAGUUCACCACCGAUCCAGGCAUGGACUUGUCCGCCCACGUGGACUUCGUCGCUAGGUUUGCGGCUGCUGUCCUACAGCUCGGAGUCCAGGAUAUAUUUGCGCUGACGGCUCUCUCUGUCUGCCCAACGGACAAGAUCUUUACUGAGUUUGAGCUGGGUCAAGUCGGUUCGACUGUGUUGGUUGCCGACAACAGUUGGCUGCCUUCUCAGGAUGUCGAGACGGCUACGACUACGGACUGGCUCGCGACCGCGAAUUACGUACAAUACGCUGGUGGCUCGGUCCCCGGCAUCAUCCAACUCAAGUGCAUGAAAACUCGAACCCACAAGCACUACAAUGUCUCCUGUAGCACGACUAGGGCUGGAACCCACAUGGGCCACGCUCCUGAUCCUUUUGCUGGCCAGCCGUCCCAGGGUACUGUCCUCAACAUCAACGGCAAGGUUCUCCAGGAAGGAACAGAAGGAUACGCCAUUGUUUCACAGGCGCUGCAGAUGAUUGAUGUUGCCUAG